AUGGCACAAAUUUUUCGUGUGUAUAAAUUUGAAGUACCUACAUUAAUUCAUGUUUUCUAUAGAAAUUAUAAUCAAAGACGUAAAUGUAAUUAUUACGAAGUUUUGCAUAUUUCUUCAAAUGCAACCCAAAAAGAAAUAAGAGACGCUUAUAUCAAAUUAUCUAAACAGGUGCAUCCUGACUGUGGCAAUAAGGGAAAUCAUGAUGAGUUUGUGAAAAUAAAUGAAGCCUAUAGUAUUUUAAGCAACAAACAGAGCAAACGUAGUUAUGAUAUUGGUUUGAAGGAGAAUAAUAUUCGUGAAAAUCACUAUUAUCAGAAUGCUGGAUCUUAUAAUCGUUACCAAUAUGCAUACAAUAUGUACUAUCCAAGAUAUAGAAGAAAACCUUCUGAAGCAGAGAAAAGAAAAGCAAUUAUAUUGUGGGUGUUCCUACUGACUAUAGGAUUACUAAUUCAAUUGAUACGUGUUAUAGUAUGGUCAAAUGCUAGUCAAAAUGCAGCAUUAAGAAAGAGUCGUAAGAUUAUGCUAGAGGUUGAGAACAGUAAUAAAAAGUAUGAAAAUAAAACACUUGAAGAGAGGCUAGAAAUGUUGGAAAAAAUGAUGGCAGAAGGUAUCGUGUCUACGGAUGAUAAAUAA